AUGGAUAUCUCGUCUCCAGAGGUAUUUGUAGACAGUUGUACGGAUCUCAGGGGCAGACGAAACAGUGAGGACGGCCCGUAUCUACAGAUUGAGGAGGAAGACGAUGAGAGAUUGACGGUUGAGCUGGGUUUAUCUACCAAGUGCCCUAUCAUUGCUGAUUCACUUGCAAGUACAAACAGUACGAAUUCUGCUGGAGCUACAUCGGAUGCCGUUCAUGAUUCGAUCGAAGUAGGGACGUGUUGGGAAGUGGCCAAUUGUUUGACUCCGGAAGUGCCGCACUCAAGACUCUUCUGGAAUAGGCAGGGAGAAGAAAUCCUACCAUCAAUGGAUGAGCUUGAUAGGCCGCCACCAUCAAUUACAGGGCCAAGCCUGCCAGAUGAGAAAGUGAAGAAUUCUGCUGCCAAUGCUUCCAUAAAUAGGACCAUCUCUCGUGAGCCUUGGUGGGCUUGGAAUUCAUCUUCGUUUACCCAACCUGCUUUCAAUCUUCAUCGAGAAACCAUAAACCCAAAGGAAACAGGUGUUACUACGAUUGCAUCAACAGUAAACGCAUGUCUUUCCAUGAAUAUGGAUAGUGCUGAGAAGGAAGGCGGUUCAAAUUCUGUCGGAGUUGGUUUUGGUGUAGGUGUAAGCAGCAUAAUGUCAGCUCAUUUGAUGGAACGCUUGAUGCAACCAAGGACUUCACUUCAUGGGAAGGCACUGAAUUUUAGAGUCAGUCGUAAUGAAACGCGCUAUCGCAAAAUGCAAGCAAGAACCUACAACUUUCUAGAAAGACCAAAAACUUGGCUCUCAAUCGCCUACCACGUAGCAUUGUAA